GGAUCUGCGCGGUUGUGGUUACAAUUACAACGAGUAUAGCUGGAUAUUGGUACGUGGAGAAGAUAGUUGGACUGCUUCGUGCCCCGUUGGUGGUUCAUGCCAGGUGUUCUGGGUUUCCAGGAGGCCCGACAAGCCCCAAAUCCCCGUCGCAUAACCCUUCCGAUUGAAUACCUUCAUUUCGACAGGAAUAGACACUGUAGUCCGCCUGCCAUUCUGUCCGUUACCUCCGAAGUAUCAGUGGUUGUAUAAUACAGGACUCGGCCGGGACAAGCCGUAUUUCGGGGUUGCUGAAGGGAUUGAAGUGAUUGAGAAACAGUGAACAAUGGUUGGUAGGGCUUCUGUUGCGAGGGAACUUGGGUCCCCCGCUGCUCUCUCCCUCGACUUGACUCCCAGAGAAACACGUCGAAGUUCGUCUCGUGCGUCACGUAAAACAACACGUGAACCAGAAGCUCUUCCUUCGAACUUAUCUCACUCUUCUGUCUCAUUGCCCCCUACACCUGUCACCACGUCAUUCGAAGAACAGCUCCCAUCUGCCAAACGUCGCAAGACGCAGCGUUCUGCCACUGUAGACGAGAAGACAAGUUUGAACCAAGAAUCUGCCCAAACCCCGAAUCAACAAGGUUCUGGUGGUCCCUCGCAGAUAUCCAACAGCGUCCCUAAGAAAAGAGGACGCGGCAGGAAAUCGGCCUUAGCCAACGGUGAGACCGUGCAACCUGCAACUCCUACUUCCAAUCCCAAGCAACAGUCACAGUCGACGUUGCAUAACUUUCUGUCAAGAACACUCAAAGAUCGACGCAAGUCUCUUGCUACUCAAAAUCCGUCACCAAACCCCACCAUGUCUACUUCUCACGUCUCCUCUCCCGCCAUGAACUCUUCUGCUUCCAACAGCCGCAAGACGCGUAAGUCUAUGCCAGCAAAGCUGAACGGCUUCGAGAACAGCGAGAAGACUUCUUCCGUGGACUCUACCUCUUCUCUCACUUCUACUCCCAACGCUCAGAGCGGCAAAGCCGAUAAAGCUCCCGCUAAUUCUGCUGCGUCUGCCAUUACUGCUGAAGCUGCUGAAGCCCAGGAGGCCAGCACCAAGCUUGCAACAUCUGCUACGCAGCCUCGCUCUACUCCUCGUACUACGACUGCCAGAUCUCGUCGUGCCGAACGCAAGUCCAGAGCAAUGGCUGCAACUCAGAAUUCCAAAUCAGCUCAGUCUACUCCCGUCUCUGCAGUGAAUUCAAGCAGUCACAAGCCUGCCCAUUCACAGGUUGCUACUCGAACCAGUUCGCGACCCCAGCGAUCUACUCGAAAGUCUGCAAUCAACGCCGCAAGCCAGGCCGUGGAUGACGCUUCUUUUGAAACGCCUUCUGUCUCAAAGACACCCUUUGGCCGCGAGGUUGCUGACAGCAUUGAAAGUACCCCUGCUAUUGACAGCAAGGCUGAAUUCGACACCAUGUCUGGAUACGACUUGGAUACCCCCGGAAUCGAACGCAGUACUCCGUACGGCGAAAGUUUUCCUUUUGAAUACCAUGCUGAUAUGUAUGGAAACAAAUUUGGUCUUGAUGGCUCCAAUGAGGGCCCAGGAUCCCCAACUGCCAGCUACUCAACCACUACGUCAGCUGCGCGCACAUCUGGAAGGACCCGAAAGCCUACCAUCAAGGCUAUGGAAUCUUUGGAAUCUGAAAGGCGCUUCCGCAGAAACCGUGCACCAUCAUCUAAGCCAGAGUCUGCUCUCAAGGAAGUAAAGGGCAAGGCAGCAGUCAAGAAGACGCGUGCCAACAAACAGGCCAAUGCGAAAACAGCUGGUAUUGCACAGGCGUCGAAGGCAGGCGUCGAAGGAAAUUGGGCAGUUUUAGCAAAUCGCCUUCUUGACCUGGCCGCGGCAGCUGUUGCUCCAGAAUUUGAGCCGUCAUCGGAAGCCGAGGGCUGGGUCGAGGAGCUACGCAAGGAGUACAUGGAGAAGCAGGAGAAGAAGACCGAAACUCCAGCGGUGCAGUCCGAGGCGGAGCUCGUGACCGAGGCCGCAUCCGAAGCGCAGCCCCAGGCAGAGAUCGGCGUUGAGGGAUCAAGCCAAACAAAUAAAUUUGGCGAAGAGCUUGUCGUUGUCGGCGAAGGCUAUUCUUGGUUCCGCCCUAACAACACCUACGGAGACAAAUUGCUCCCCCAGCCUCCAAUCCGCCUGAAGUCUCAUGAACAGUUCGAGAAGGACCGCAUCUUCGGUUAUCCCCCACGCAUGGGAGAGCGCAACCUGCCUCAGGAUAACAAGAUGCCUUUCUUCUUCGAAAACGUGGACGAGGUCAAGGCGACCAUCAAGGCUCGGGAGGAGGCCCGCAAGAGAGGAAUUGCCGUCGAUCGAAUGAUGCCGGCUGCCUACAUCCAAACCUUGAUCGCCCAGCACGAUGAAACCGCCCCGAAAGAUGGUCCAGGCGAAGUGAAAGAGGCCAAAGAGACCAAGGAGCCGACUCGCAAACGGCGCCGCGGCGGCGAAGCCUCAGAAACCACUCAAGUGCCCAAGCGACGCCGGAGGGAGCCAGAGCCGGAACCAACUCCACCCGCUGAGCCGCCCAAAACGCUGCGCAUCAAGCUGACCUUGAAGGGAGGAGCGGGCGCAGCGACCAGGAAGCGAUCCUAUUCUGAGAUGGAAGAUCAGCCCGCCGAGAUGAAGCCUGCCGAAACGAAGCCCGCCGAGGGGAAGAGUCAGCAGGAGCGGUCUAGCCCUUCCAAAAUCCUGAAGCUCGGUCUGCGUCGCAAUUACACUCAAGAGAUGAUCAGACGCACGACUCCAGAAGAUCUUGCGAUGGGUCCCCCCGAACCACCCAAAGACAUGUAUGAGGCUUUCAAUGUAGCUCCCCCUCCUGGACCGCCACCCCGAAACUUCAACACAGCUCCUGGAGGACGUCCCCGUCGCCGUGCUGCGGCUGCCCUGAUUGCAGAAUUUCAGAAUCACGCCGAGGAGAGGGCUCGUCGCGCCAACGCACGCAAACGGAACGUUCCAUCGGACAAACCUGACGAUCCUAAUACUAAACCCAACGGCCAGCCGAAUGGCCAACCCAACUGAGAUAAUCCUCAAGCGUCAGGCUUCACUCGUCACACUAUGAAAAAAAUCGCAUAUUCGCGGUCUGCGAGGCACCUCGACUCGCAUACCAG